GCGACAGGUCCACGCCACAGUGCUCAGUGCACGCGACGGGACAGGACGCGCCAGAGCGGUGCUGUGAGGAGCCCCCGCACAGCGCACUCGUUUGUGUCUGACCCGGAGCUUCUCUGAGCCGUCAUUCUUGCAGGUGACCUCGAGGCCAGACCACAGGACUUGGUGACCUGUGGCCUUGCCGAGGCUUCUUUUCUUAAGGUGCCCUCGAGGGCAGACUGUGGGACCUGGUGAGCCGGUGCUUUUCCGAGGCAUCGCCCAUCCCUGCAGUCACUGCCCUUGAGACCAGGGCACAAUCCUUGACGAGGAGCCUCCUGUCCUUGUGGCAGGAGCCCUCAAGACCCGAGUGCAGGACUUGCUGUUCUGCAGUCUUGCCGGGACUUGAGGCUUGCAGGUGCCUUCCAGGCACGACUGCAGGACUUGCUGCCUCAGAGCUUUUCUGAGGCAUCGCCCAUCCCUGCAGUCACUGCCCUUGAGACCAGGGCACAAUCCUUGACGAGGAGCCUCCUGUCCUUGUGGCAGGAGCCCUCAAGACCCGAGUGCAGGACUUGCUGUCCUGCAGUCUUGCCGGGACUUGAGUCUUGCAGGUGCCUUCCAGGCACGACUGCAGGACUUGCUGCCUCAGAGCUUUUCUGAGGCAUCUCUAUUGCAAGUACCAUAAAUCCAGGCACUGCCAUGGAGCAGCGACCUCCAAGAAUUCCCAAGCUGGCCUGGGUGGAGGAGGAGGAGAAGGAGGAAGAAGAAGGCCCUGGAGCUGCCCCAGAUGUAGAGACGGAAGAGGUGCAGGAGUUCCAGCCGCUGGAGGAGGGAUGGGAGAGUGUUGGAGAUCUGGAGCAGCGACCCCCGAGAGUGCCCAAGCUGGCCUGGGUGGAGGAGGAGGACGAGGAAGAGGAAGAAGGCCCUGGAGCUGCCCCAGAAGUAGAGAUUGAAGAGGUGCAGGAGUUCCAGCCGCUGGAGGAGGAUUCAGCCAUGGACCAGACACAAGAGCAGGGCCUUGCCUGUGGCCUCUUCCAUGGAACAGCACAGGAAGAGACCAGCGUCAUGGGCACUGGGUCCAUGGAAGAUGGUGACGUCUACACCAGCGACACCAGUGCUGCCAUGCUGGAAUUCAUUUUGGAGGAGGGUGUUUCCAUUCCAGAGCAAGUGCCUGCCGUGGUGAGGUACAUCCACCAGUGGCUCAUGGCCAAUGAGUCUGCUGACUCCAGGCUGGGCAGGACCCUGCUGGAUCUGACCGAGGCACAGCCCACUGACGUGGUCAUUGCUCUCCUGCGUGUGGCCCCAACGUGUGACAGGUAAGGGGCCCACUUGCCCAGAGG